AUGUCUGCCGUCACUUUAACCCCGUCGAAGCAGGCUGCUCAAGCAGUGGAUUCAUUGAAGAUGUCCGACUCACCCGCAAAGAAGCUCAACUUCGAGUCUUCGGCGGACAAGGAGAAUGUGUACAAGCCCAUUGUCGGCAUACCAGAUCUCUCCGAAGAGGAUGACGCGCCCACGAAGCUCACCACCGCACCCACGAUCAAGGAGGAAGAGGCACACGAGCCUUUGCUACAAGAGAACCCCAACCGCUUUGUGCUGUUCCCAAUUAAGUACCACGAUAAGGCCGAAGCUUCUUUCUGGACCGCUGAGGAGAUCGAUCUCUCCAAGGAUCUCCACGACUGGAACAAGCGCCUCAACGACGACGAGCGCUUCUUCAUCUCACACGUCCUCGCUUUCUUCGCCGCAUCGGACGGCAUCGUCAAUGAGAACCUGGUCGAGCGAUUCAGCGGCGAAGUACAAAUACCUGAGGCACGAUGCUUCUACGGCUUCCAGAUCAUGAUGGAGAACGUCCACUCCGAGACCUACUCUCUGUUGAUCGACACAUACAUUAGCGAGCCCAAGCAGCGCUCAUACCUUUUCAACGCCAUCGACAACAUUCCCUGCAUCCGCAAGAAGGCCGAUUGGGCUUUGCGAUGGAUCUCAGACAAGAACUCUACCUUUGCGACGCGUCUCGUCGCUUUUGCUGCUGUUGAGGGUAUCUUCUUCAGCGGUUCCUUCGCGUCAAUCUUCUGGCUCAAGAAGCGUGGCCUGAUGCCUGGACUCACCUUCUCCAACGAGCUCAUCUCGCGCGACGAGGGCAUGCACACUGAUUUCGCGUGCCUGCUCUUCUCCCUCCUCAAGUCCCGCCCCAACAAGUCUCUUGUCGAGGACAUCAUUACCCAGGCUGUCGUCAUCGAGAAGGAGUUCCUCACUGACGCUCUUCCUUGCGCUCUGCUCGGCAUGAACGCCACCCUCAUGUGCCAGUACAUCGAGUUCGUCGCUGACCGCCUGCUGUUGUCUCUCGGCAACUCCAAGGUCUACAAUGCCACCAACCCCUUCGACUUCAUGGAGAACAUCUCGCUUGCUGGCAAGACCAACUUCUUUGAGAAGCGUGUCGGUGACUACCAGAAAGCCGGUGUCAUGGCCAGCACCAAGAAGCACGAGCAGAACGGUGCAUCAUCACCCGGAGAGGAAAGCAAGAACUUGACUGGCGACUUCGCUUUCGACGAGGACUUCUAG